AUGGAUGCUGGCACGUCCGUGUGGGUGUUUGACCGUGAAUUGUGGCACGAAGCGAUUGUCGUAGCGCCUGUGGACGCGCGUUCUGGUCUUGUGGAGUGCACGUUGGAGCCUGCAGUCACGAUAAACAAAGGGGCUCUGACGGCCAAGGGCGAUGAUGCAGUCCUGGACCUGGGAGAAGCUCAGGAGGUGACGGAUGGCACGCGUCAGACCGUGGCUGUGUCGGCGGAAUUGGUGCUACCGCGCAGUCAGGGAGAGUGCUACCAUGCAGUACAGGACCUGACGAAGCUCGUGCACUUGCAUGAGCCGGCUAUUCUACAGGUACUGAAGUGCCGGUUCCUGCAUGGAGAGAUUUAUACCAGCACUGGGCAGAUUCUCGUUGCUAUGAAUCCAUUCAGACGAUUGGCAUUGUACUCGGACGACAUUAAGGACCAGUACUAUAAUCUAGGGGGCGAUGCUGAAGCGGAUAAGAGCUUCUUGGCGCCGCACGUGUAUUCUGUGGCCGACCAGGCGUUCCGCACUAUGCUCGUGCCGCAAUCUAGCGACAAGAAGACGGACCAGACAAUUCUUGUGAGUGGCGAAAGUGGUGCUGGAAAGACAGAAACUACGAAGCUCAUUAUGAAUUACUUAGCAUACGUAUCAACAAAACGCACUCGUCGCUCUGAGCGGCCAGCCAAUUGCGACCAAACGACGAUUCACGACCGAGUGUUGGAGUCGAAUCCGAUACUAGAGGCGUUCGGCAAUGCCAGAACGACGAGGAAUAACAACUCGAGUCGGUUCGGCAAGUUCAUUAAGCUGGGGUUUACAUCGUCCGGUGAGAUGCUGGGUGCAUCUAUCUCCACGUACCUAUUGGAGCGUGUACGCCUCGUAUCUCAGGGCAAAGGCGAGCGAAAUUACCACAUCUUCUACGAGAUGUGUGGUGGCAGCUCCGCUUCCGAGCGCCAACAAUUGGCCUUGCAGGACGUCGACACUUACGCGUAUUUAAAUCAGUCUGAGUGCUUCGAGCGCCUGGACGGCGUAAACGACGCCGAUUCGUAUCUUGUAACUCGGCGAGCCAUGUCGAGUCUUGGCAUGAGUCCUGAUGAGCAGCUCAGUGUGAUGAAGAUUGUCUCUGCCGUAUUGCACUUGGGUAAUGUGCGUUUUACAACGGCCUCGCGUAACGGUGGAAAGGAUGAUGCGUCCGCUGUGGACAUGGAUGAAUGUGGCGACAACAUUCAAGCCAUUUGCUCGCUUCUUGGUGUAGAAGAGAACUUAUUACGAAGUACGUUGUGUACAAAGCAAAUCAAAGCUGGCGCCGAGUUUAUCACGACACGUCUUCCAGUUGCGCAGGCGCUGUCGACUCGAGACUCGGUGGUGAAGACGCUUUAUUCGAAUCUAUUUAAUUGGCUUGUGGGUCGCAUCAACCGUAGCAUCGAGUACAAGGAAGAAGCGGGUCGCAGUCAGUUUAUCGGAGUCGUGGACAUCUUUGGUUUCGAGAUUUUCGAGCGAAAUCGUCUGGAACAGUUGUGCAUUAAUUAUGCUAACGAAAAGCUGCAGCAGCUUUUUGGCAGGUUCGUGUUUCGUAUGGAGCAAGAUCAGUACGUGGCAGAGGAAAUCCCCUGGACGUUUGUGGACUAUCCAAACAACGAUGUUUGCGUGGCGCUAGUGGAAAAGCGUCACAUGGGCAUUUUCUCUCUCCUCGACGAGCAGUGUCUGAUUCCACGCGGAAAUGACGAGAAGCUGGCUAACAAAUACUACGAGUGCCUUGCGGAUAAGCACGAGAGCUUCUCAGUGACCCGACUCCAGCGCGCAAAGGGCCAGUUCGUGAUUCGCCAUUAUGCAGGAAGUGUCUGCUACAUGACGGACGGCUUUUGCGACAAGAAUAAAGACCACAUGCAUACAGAAGCAACGGAUUUGCUACGCACGUCAAAGUUUGCUUUUGUGCGUGCUUGCUUCGAGAGCAGCGCUAGUAAUUGCAGCUCUAGUCCGAAGAACGGUCGGACAGAGCCCCGCAAUAGCGACGGCAAUCGUCGCCGGUCGGGUGGUAUUUUAUCUCCCACGGUCGUGGCACAGUUCAAGAGUCAGUUGAGCUCGCUCUUGGAAGUCUUGAAUGCAACGGAGCCUCAUUUUAUCCGUUGUAUAAAGCCCAACGACCAGGCAAGCGCGUCACAGUUUGAGCGAAGGCGUUUAUUGGAGCAGCUACGCUGCAGUGGUGUUCUGGAAGCAGUAAAGAUUUCUCGUAGCGGCUACUCGGUGCGUUUCUCUCACGAUGUAUUUAUCAAAACGUAUAGCUGCAUAUUGUCUCGACUGCCAAAUGCGCAGGGGCAGCUGGAGAAAGAGGUGGCCAUGCACAUGGUGGACAAGUUGAGGACAAUACUUCGUGUUGAGACGGACAAAAAGCAUCCUCCAUUUCAGGUGGGUAAGACUAAAGUGUUUUGCAUCCUUGAGGCUCAUCAAGCUUUGGAAGCAGCCCGGUCGAAGGCAUUGUACAAGUCCAUCAUUACGUUACAGCGAUAUUGUCUCGGCUACAGUGUGCGCUCUGGUUAUCGGCGGAAGCGCCGAUCAUGCGUUCGAAUUCAGGCAAUCUGGCGCUCUUGGUUUUGCUGGCGCCGAUAUCAGCGCGUGAUCCGUCGUCGACGUGCUGUAGUUAAAGUGCAAAGCGCAAUUCGUGGCUAUAUGGCGAGGAGGAUGGUAAGGCGUAUGCAAGCGGCUAUUGCAAUUCAGUCGUUUGUACGCGGAUGGCUGGUUCGGCGAGAGUAUACUGCCAACACGUUGAGCUUUGAGCAUGACGUUUCUUACGUGGGUUCACUGGACGAGCGAAGUACCACAGCGAGCUCAAUAUCUUUUUCGGAGUCAGUUGAUAUGAAGGACCGAAAGAACACUACGAUUUCGUUUCAGAGCUCAGCGUGUACAAGCGACAAUUCGGACAAUGACGGGAGUGUCAGCGUUCGAAGCAGUUCCCGUGCAUCGAGAAAGAAGAUGAUGGAUGAGUACGAGCCGCCGAAGCAUGUACAGAACGAGUACAAGAUUGUGUGGGAGUGCGGUUUGCUCGGUCUGUACUUCGAGAGCGAUCCGCUAUCCGGUAUGCCCAUUGUACGCCGUGUCCACGAAAGCUUGAGCAAUUGCGCAGAUAUAUUUGAGGUUUCUCGUGGUGACGUUCUUCUCGCUGUCGGUAAGGUGCGAGUCAAGAAAGGCGACAUUCGUCGCAUUUUGACGCUGCUGCAAGAAGUGCAAAAGCCGGUGCGCUUGCACUUUCUUCGCAGCCCGACAGAAUCGUUUCGCCUGCGAUCAGGCUCGCUUGAACUAUUGGGUGAAGAGGAUUACGAGGUGCUGUGGAAGGAAGGCGUGCCGCUUGGUCUUGGGUUUCGCCCGGAUCCAAGUACUGGCUACCCGUGCGUGCUUCAGUCACAAGGCAAUCAGCUUUUGCCGGGCAUGUUCAAUGUGCGAGGGGGCGAUCACUUGGUGUUCAUUAACGAAUUUUCGACGCAGGGUGUGCGCUUUCAAAAGGUCAUUGACAUACUGGAAAGUGGACCUCGACCAGCAGUGUUGCGCUUCCGCCACACUGACCUCGUGGAAGACCCGAGCCAGCAGCAUGACCAACCGCAUCUACUGGAAAGUUCUGUUGCACCAAAUCCGCAGGACGAUUCCAACGUAUUGGGGAUGUCACGCAUGACACAGUCAUGCCGCGUGAGCAUGAACCCGAAGAAUGAUCAUUCGCUGUAUUACAUCACGUGGAAAGAGGAGGACGGUCCAUUGGGCAUCGUCGUCAAGCAGGAGAGCACGAGCUAUUACCCGCGUGUGAUAAACGUGAAAAGCGAGGGUGCUGUCACGCGCGAGUCGCAAAAGAACCGUGUGGAAAUCGGCGAUGUCUUGCUGAGCAUCAACAACAACAACAUUAGCAAGAUGGGCUUUGGCGCAGCAAUGAAGCUGUUGCAAAAGGGUCCUAAGCCGCUUCUCCUCAUGUUCCAGCGGCCGCGCUCGUAUCCGUCCACGACAAGGAGUUGCAAACUGUAG